AUGGGCAACUCAUCGCCCUAUCCCAAAGCCAAAGGAUCAAAACGAGAUGCUCUUUAUAAGGCAAAAGGUUCUUCUUCGGCUCUAAAGAUUUUUGGCACUUCGUCGUCUUCUUCGAAGAACAACAAGAACACUCCUGUAGUUGUUGUUUUGCCAGAAGGGUUGCCAGUCGUCCAUGCCAAGCUUUUCUUUCAUAGCCCGACCUUACAACGAAGAAAUAUUCCGCCUUCUGUGGAACGGAUUCGAUUCAGCGCCUUUGAAUCUUGUCAAGCACUGGUGGUGGUAUCUAGACGAACAAGGACUAUUGACGACUAUUGA